AUUACACUUUAUUCUGAAUUGAUUGUAAAAUGCUGUUGUAUGUUUUGGCUGAUGUGUUUUGCUCUCUGUGCCUGUUGUCACCUGCUGUGGAAUGUGUUAUUUGACAGCAGUCAGACAGGGGGUCCCUAAUGUAGGACAUUUCUAAAAACUAAUUAGAAGUUUUGGGUUUUAUAGCAGACUGUGGUUAUAUGGGCCACGGAAUUAGUUUUAUGUUUGCACAUACUUGACUUAUAGUGAGCCCUCAAUGUAAAAUGUCUUGCGGAUAAAUUGUAAUAUACUUAAAAUGCCAUUUAGAAGUAUUCAUACUUUUUAAACCUUUGACUAUUUUUGGGGGGAGGAGUUUGUGAUGAAUCAACGCAAAGUGAUGCACAGCUGUGAACUCAAAGUGAAACGAUUUUUUAUUUAUUUAUUUUUUAGAUUAUUUAAAAAAAGUGUGGCAUGAACUUAUAUUAAGUCCUCUUGUUAAUAGAAAAUACAGCUGUAAGUCUUUUGGUGUAUGUGGACGUCUUUGAAUAUCUAGACAAAUUUUAACCAUUCUGUGAAAAAUGGCUAAGACUCAAGUCAGGCUGGAUGGAGAGAGUUACUGAACAUUAAUUUUCAAGUCUUGCCUCAGAGAGAUUUGAAUUGAAAUAAAUGCAAUAAAAAGAGUCUACUCUGUUUUCAUCUGAUCAGAGCACCUUUUUACACGUCUUUGCUGUACAUGACAUCAUAUGACUUUAUUUCAACAACUACUUUCUUGUUGCCACCUCUCCAAAAGUACAAAAUCUGUAAUAGUUGUCCUGUCAUCAGAUUUUCCCACCUGAGUUUUGGAUCUCUGAAGCUCAUCCUGAGUUAAUAUGGGUCAGUUGUGCCAGACUCUUCCUUAUUGUAUGAUGGAAUGAACAGCACUCCACGAGAAGUCUGACUUAUUCACUUAUGUUCUCUCACAAACCUCCCAGAAGUGUACAUAACAAUUGUGCUUAUACUGAGGUGAAAUUAUAUACAGAUGAACUGGUCUGGACUUUGUUAGAGGAUAUCAGAGUAAAGGGGGUAAAUACAAAUGUUAUACUAAAAAACACUUCAUGUGUAUGUAAUUAUUUGCUUUACUCUAUGAGAAAAUCCUACUUCAAUAUACUGAUGUCUAGCAAAUGUAACAUGACAAAAUGCUAAACAGUACUAGGGGGAUGAACACUUCUGCAAGGGACUGUGACUCAUUGUUUUUGUGUUCUUCUGAUGGAAAUGUCAAAGGGUUUAACAGAGAAAACACUUUUGCUAAUCAGUCUCAGAUCACUGAGCUUUAUAUCUGCCUCUUCCAGGUACAGUGACCUCUUUAUAGACCUUGAGCAGAAAACUGAUAUCCCAAGAUGCAGUGGUGCAAGUGGGCUGGAAGCUGGAGGUCACAUUUGCCAAGACAGUCUGUCGAGUCAGAAGUUGAAGACUCCUUUGACUUUCUUUUUAAAAUCAUCCUGGUCGGGGACUCAGAUGUUGGAAAGACCUGCAUGGUGCAGAGGUUCAAGUCGGGUCUAUUCAUUGAGAAGCAGCAGAACACCAUUGGGGUUGACUUCACCGUUCGAACACUGGACAUUGAUGGAAAAAAGGUGAAGAUGCAGGUGUGGGACACCGCUGGACAGGAACGUUUCCGUACCAUAACACAGAGCUACUACCGCAGUGCACAUGGAGCCAUGGUGGCCUACGACAUCAGCCGCCGCAGCACGUUUGAAUCUGUUCCCCACUGGAUCAGGGAGGUGGAGCAGUACGGAGCAGCCAGCGUGGUAGUGAUACUUGUUGGUAACAAGUCGGACCUCCAUGCUCAGAGACAGGUGCUGUUUGAGGACGCGUGCACUCUGGCUGAAAAGAAUAGCCUGCUGGCUGCUCUGGAGACGUCGGCUAAGGAGGCCCAGAACAUAGAGGCGGCCUUCAUCCUCAUGGCUCGGGAGCUGCUGGCACGCAACGGCAUGGCCAUCACAGAUCAGAACUCUCUUUGCUCUCCCCAGUUCAUGCUGAGUGACUGCUCUCACCCGAUUCAAGCCUCUGUUUCUGACGAUAAAAAGUGCGGGUGCCAAACAACCUGAAUCAGAUUUAGCAUUUGAUACAAAUUUGAAGAUGGUCCAAUGGAUUGGUUGUUCAACCAGGAAAGAACCUUCUUAGUAAAGACAAUGUUUGGAUGUUUGGUUUAGGUUGUGAGACAAGGAUUGUAUACAUUUUCUUGUCAUAGUAUUUAUGAAUCUUAUUGGGAUCUUUAAAAGGUUUGUAAUUUUCUUCUGGGGGCUUCUGACAACAAGCCACACCUUUGCCAGAGGACUUUGUACUAAAACCUCUCCACAGUAAACACCGUUUUCACUCUACAUUUAGCUUCCUUUAUCUUUUUAUUUGCUCCUUUACAAAUAUUGCUUUUACAGUACAUUACAAAGCAUCAGUCUGCAAGUUUCCAUCACUUUUAAAUCUUCAUUACAGAACAGGUGCAACUUUCUCCAUGUCAUUUAAUCUAGCAAACAUUAAGGUUCACUUGUCAAACAGCACCUCGUUUUUAAUACACUCCAACAGUGCAAUUCUGUCAACUUUACAAAAACAUAAAAAGAGAAUAAAUCCAAAAUACUGCAUUUUUCAAAGUCUAAACUGAAUAUUGGCAACUUAAUUUCCUGAGCAUUAACCCUGACUUAAAAACCAAUUGGGAUGGAAUAUAUCAACCAUCACAGUACAAGAAAACAAAAAGGUGAUUUAUUUAGAAAAAUAAAAUUAAUCUUCAUUUCAAUAAGUCCUUUAGACCUUAAAAGUCUAAGGUAAAAAACACAUUUGUGCCAAUGUAGCCUUUGCUCUAAAUUGAUUUAAACAUUCUUCAAUAUAUUGUAUACUAUAAAAAAACCUGACAGCUAAUGUAAUUGGUUUAAAAGCAGGUAAAAGUUAUAAAUUUUAAUGCAAAAAACCCUAUUUUUAGACUAAACAAAAAACAAUCAGGCAGGUUAGACUCAGUUCCUCUCUGAAGUAUACACAAUUCUCUUAAAAAAACAAAGUGUUUGUGAUGUGAACAGUUAGACUUUAAUAAUUUCAAAAUAUUGUGUGGAUACGUGAGAUUUACCCUGCACAUUUUUAAAAAAAUGUAAACAAAUGAGAAAAGAAUUAUAAAAAAACCCCUGUAAUAACUUGGUAGAAUAAGUGUGCAUACCCUUAAAAUAAUCACUAAAUCUGAUUAGUUUUUAGUAUUUAGUCUUUAUGAAUUCACAUCCACCAUCAAUAAUUAUGAAACAUUAAAGUUUUGUUUAACUAGAUUCUUCUGACAUUUCUGAAUUUGCAUCCUGUUGCUAAAGGGAUGGACUGUAGAUGGCUUACAAAGGUUCAAAAGGACCCCAUGUUACAAAGGUAUCAGUCAGGAGAAGGGCAUACAAAAUAAUUUAUGACAUAAAAUGCUUUUUGUGGUACAAAAAUGAAUAAUUGGAGAAAGUAUCAGAGUACAAAGGUUAUUAAAACAUUGCACUUUUCGCCAGAAUUGAUCAAAAGACACUAUUAACAUUCUUUUAUUUACAUGAACCUGAGGUUUUUAGUCAAUGUGGACAAAGUUCUGAUUAAUUUCAAAUACAAAGAGAUGUCUGCUUGAGAAUUAAAA